UCUGUGAGCUAGAGUGAGAAAAAUAUCAGGUCGUCUUCUUCACACACACUGGCUCCGGUGACAGAAAUAAAACAAUUAAACAAAUCAAAGAAAGAAGUCCAGCCGCGGCGGUGAACAAUGGCGACGACGGUUUCUAGCUUUUCAACAUUGCGAAAGACACAGAGUCCGCAAAUUGUGUGCAGAAAGAAAGAUAAAGAGAAAGGAGACCCCUACAAAGUCAUUGAGAUUACUCCUCCGCCCAAAAACCUCGGCAUUCGCUGCUUUCCUUCUAAUUUGCAGUGCGGUGAGAGUGUGACGAUAGAAGGGAAAGCUUAUACGAUAUCAGCUGUAACUCUUCGUUAUCAGCUCAGGAGAGGGAAAUACGAGCCUAGAGAUAAGAGGCUUGAUGUUUUAUCCACCGGCAGAUACAUUUUAAACUUGUAUUUCGAUAGUUUGCUUCAGCAAUCUUGAACUCUUGAUUCUUUUUUUUUUUUUAUAACUUUGAUGAUUGGUGAUGAAUUUGUCUUUAUUACCAGUUCCACAUGGUUAUUAUGUGUUAAUUUUUGCUGUAUAUUAUGUGUUAUUGAGUAUUUAUGUGCAAAUAAAAUUAUUUAUUAACUUUUUUAAAU